AUGGACAAAGACAUAGAAAGACUAGUGAAAAGCUGUGAAGCUUGUGCUAAAGUUCGUCACAAUCCACCAAAAGCCUCGGUACAUCCGUGGGAUCAGCCCGAUGAUAACUGGGAAAGAGUGCAUAUUGAUUAUGCUGGUCCAUUGGAUGGAAAUUAUUUCCUCAUGUGUGGAGAUGCUAAAUCAAAGUGGGCAGAAGUUCGCAUUCUUCGAAAUGCUCCUUCCUCAGCAACGACGAUGGCACUACUUGAAGACAUUUUCUCGAUCCAUGGGUACCCCUCGUUCUUGGUCUCGGACAAUGCCACUAUAUUCAAAAGUGAGGAAUUUAUCAACUACUGUAGAGGGUGGGAUUUUCCAAAAAUGUACUGCCCCUAA